GUGGAGCAGAGGUCCGGACAACCCCCCACCCCAACUUUUUCCGGCUGUUAACACCCGGUGGUCCGUCUGGCUGACCUGUUUCGCGCGUGAAGGUGGAGGCGGGAAGGAGGGGAAACGGUUACUUCUCUCUUCUGUUAAGGUGUUCGUUUGAAUCCUUGAAAGGGUAUAGUAGGGAUGGCAAACAGUUCGUUCAAGGCGGAGCAUCCACUGGAAAGAAGAAAGACAGAAUCGGCACGCAUAAGGGAGAAAUACCCAGAGAGAAUACCAGUAAUUGUUGAGAAAGCUGACCGAACCGAUAUUCCCGACAUUGAUAAGAAGAAAUAUCUUGUUCCUGCUGAUUUAACUGUGGGUCAACUAGUUUAUGUCAUACGGAAGAGGAUCAAGCUCAGUCCUGAGAAAGCCAUAUUCAUCUUCGUCAAGAAUGUUCUCCCACCUACUGGUGCCAUGAUGUCCGCCAUCUAUGAAGAACACAAAGAUGAAGAUGGCUUUCUUUACAUGACAUACAGCGGGGAGAAUACCUUUGGGUCUCCCUAAUUUCACAUCAUAAAAUGCCAACUCUGUCUCUCCUACAGCUCAUAAGUCAUAACUGGAGGAAAUCAGACGGUUUAACCUUCCUAAGUGUAAAUAAGACUACUGACUACUUUCGCCUCAUACUAUUCAUCCUGGUUUUACGUUACUCUUCUCUCAAUGCGUGUAAAUAUUCUGCUUGUAUAUAGCAUUCCUUGCAUCUUUAUCUGUUUGAAUACUUUGGAGGGUCUUUUUAGUAAAAUGGUCCAUCUAAAUGUUUCGUGCACUA